AAAAAAGUGCUCAAACAGUUCUUAAUCAUCACGUCUACUUACAACAUCAAGAUAUUGGCGCUCUUUUAAUAAUAACAUCAAAAAAAACGACCAUACAUUUACUGUCUUGAAUUAGAGAUGGGAAAAGAUUAUUACUCAAUACUUGGGGUUUCUAGAAGUGCCGAUGAGAAGGAAUUAAAAUCUGCCUAUCGUAAACUUGCAUUAAAAUGGCAUCCCGAUAGAAAUCCUGACAACAAGCAAAUGGCCGAAGAAAAAUUUAAGGAAAUUGCUGAAGCUUAUGAAAUAUUAAGUGACAGUAAUAAGAGAGCAAUCUAUGAUCAAUAUGGGGAAGAAGGCCUAAAGGGAGGAAUUCCAACAAGUGGAAGUGGUGCCGGAUUUGGUGGAGGUGGAGGUUCCUAUACUUUCCAUGCUACAAACCCUGAAGAUAUUUUCAAACAAUUCUUUGGGGCAAGAAGCCCUUUCGAUUCAAUGUUUAGUGGAGGAUUUGAUGAUGGUGAUGACUCAUUUUCAUCCUUUGGAUUUGGACCAGGAUCAUUCUUUAAGAGUACUCAACAAAGAGGACCAAGAAAGGCUCCAGAUGUUGUUCAAAAAGUUGUUUGUUCCCUAGAGGAUUUAUACAAAGGAAAAACAAAGAGGAUAAAGAUUACAAAACAAGUUCUAAACCCAGAUGGGCAAACAACAAGAAAAGAAUCAAAGAUUUUAACUUUUCCAAUCAAAAAAGGAUUUAAGAAGGGAACAAAAAUAAGAUUUGAAAACGAGGGAGAUCAAGCUCCAGGUAUUAUUGCUGCAGAUGUAGUAUUCGAAAUUGAUGAACAACCUCAUAAUACUUUUCAAAGGGAAGGAAAUAAUCUUAUUUACACUCCUAAUGUAUCCCUGAAAGAAGCACUUUCAGGCACUGUAAUAGAAGUUAAAACAUUAGAUGAUAGGACACUAAGAAUACCUAUUAAUGACAUUGUAAACCCAGGAUAUUCUAAAACUGUUUCUGGAGAAGGUAUGCCACUUUCCAAGAAUCCAGAUCAAAAAGGAGACCUAAUCAUUAAACCAGCCAUAGUCUUCCCUCGAUUUUUAGAUAAUCAACAAAAAGAGAUGAUCAAGAAGAUCUUACCUUAGAAAACUUUGUAAAUAAAUGUAAAUACAUGGUACUUUUUGU